AUGGAGGUUGCACGGCGAGCCCAGGCAUCAGCAAAUGGAAAGAGGCUCUUCGUUUCUGGCAUCGCCGGCGGCGUGAUGAAGACUGAUCUUCAGCGCGAGUUUGGCGAGUUCGGUCAUGUCACGGACAUAGAGCUACCAUUGACAGCAAAGGGUGUUGCAUUCGUGGAGUUUGAUAGCGCUUUGGAUGCUGCCGAUGCGCAGAGAGGGGUGACCGGCCGGAAGCUGAAAGGGAUGGUGCUGAAGGUGAAGAUGGUGGCCGACUGA